ACUCAAAAGUCUAUUUCCAAAACACAAGUUUUUGAUUUGAAGCCACUUGAAGAAUAUUAGUAUACCCAAAGGUUUUGAUAUAGUAAGUCAAGGCCAUGGAGUACAAUCGCCAGCCGUGUCCCAUUAGGAUUGUGGAGGAUUGCGGAUGUGCCUUCAUGAUGGGCACCAUCGGUGGUUCGCUGUUCGAGUUCCUCAAGGGUUUCCGUAACGCUCCUACCGGAUUGCAGCGCAGACUUUAUGGUGGCAUUGAUUUGGUGAAGAUGAGAACGCCGUCCAUUGCCGGCAGCUUUGCCGUUUGGGGUGCCACUUUCAGCACAGUGGAUUGCGCCCUGGUCCACUAUCGCCAGAGGGAGGAUGCCUGGAACUCGAUACUCAGUGGAGCGGCCACUGGUGGGAUAUUGGCAGCCCGUAAUGGCAUUCGGGCCAUGGCCAACAGUGCUCUGGUGGGCUGUCUGGUGCUGGCCAUGAUUGAAGGAGCCGGUGCAGCAGUGGCCACCAUUAAUGCAGCCGACAAAGGUGCAGGGAUAGUCAUCAAGCCGCAGCGGGCCCAGUGGGAGGCCAUACUGGAGACUAUUGAUCCGAAGAGAGCGUCAUCCACUCAAGAUUUCGCACUGGCGGAGUUUGAACGGGUGCUGGACAAAUGUCGGGCGAGCAGGGAACCAAAUUUACUUCAGGACAUUCCGGUUAAGAGUCACGAGCGAGAUUCCAAACAGAAGCCAUUUUAUUCCCUCUUGGAUCUGGUGAAACUGUCCCAGAUGUUCUAGUGUUGCCCAAAAAAAAAGGGUUUUCAUUUUCAUUCAAUCUUUCGUUCUCAACAAUCACUCAUCAAAAUUGUGUGCAUGUACUAGUUUUCACCGUUCAUUUCAUGAUCGUAAUAUACAAAACGCAUAAGAUACUAAAGCUUAUCUACUAUCAAAAUCAUAGCAUACUUCUUGGCGUCAGAAUUUCAAGUUCGAAACACUUUAUUUUGUGGCUUUAUUUUUUUAAAGGUUGAAUAAAACAAUGUAUGUAUGU